GUCGAAUUAGUGAGAAAAAUUUUUUACAAAAAAAGGGAGCCAUGCACACAGUACCCUAAUAUUUCAUCAACUUUCAAAUGGAUAUCUAAUUGAAAAGUUUAAAGUGACAACAGCCCUUAAGCCCAAUGAUUAAUAGCCCUGUUGAUGAGUUUUAGGCUCUGAUCGUAACACAUUAAGAACCCAAUAGAGGGACAUCAAAGGAAAAAAAGGGAAAAGAGAAAAUCCACUAAAAAAACACAACCUUUUUAGCUAGAGAAGACGUGUAAAAUUCUACAAAGAUACCAUACUAAUCAAGAAAAAUUCUACGAAGAAGCAGUGAUUAUGUAAAAUACUUUUUAAGGAGUGAGGUUGGUUGGACGAAGGUUAAGGUCUCAAAUCACACUAUCCUUCAUUCAGUAGGACUAAUAAAAAGGAGAGAAACCCUAACCCUGCCAAAAUAAAAGACUACUUAUAAAAACAACCUACCUCUAAGACCACCGUCAUUGAAUUAUUAAAUCCAAGGAAACAUAGAAGAAAUAGAGGAAAGGGUGGUUGCUGAAAGACAAAAAGGAGAGGCAAGUAUGUUUAUGAAAAAAAAACACAGAAGAGAUUGGUCCAAUCUUCCCAGCGAUAUUGUUGGGCACAUAAUCGGGAAACUUUAUUGGUCAGACAGAAUCCGGGUACGUUCAGUUUGCAAGAGUUGGCUGCAGGUAUCCCAACAUGGAAUUCCUCCCAUCGAUCAAGUUCCAUGGAUAGUGGGUUUCGCGUGGAGCCGAAAUCGGGAUGGCCGCAUCUAUAGUCGUUGUAAGUUACUCGACACCGCUCUCAAUAAACCUUAUACGGUGGAGGACGCCUAUAAGGGGGAAGAUAGAGCUAUUUUUGACGAAGCUAUUUUUCAAACUUGUAGGUAUGGUUGGAUGCUUUUUCUUAAAAACCCUGAGCGUGUUUUUUCUCGUUGCUUCUGCUUUUUCUUGUAUUCCCCUUUCACUAACGAGGUUAUUGAACUGCCCACGUUGGAAAUAGAUUAUCCUAUCUCGAAAUCAUUCAUUGUCACCGCAUUGUUUUUGACUUCAACGUCUUCAGAUUGUCUUGUUUUUUAUUUGCAUAGACAUCAUAAGGAUCGAAGUAUGCAGAUCAGCAUAUGUCGCCCUGGUGAUCAGACUUGGAAGACUCUGAAGUUUGCGGCAGCUGAUUUAGAUGAAUCUUUUUCUAGACCAAUUAAUGCGACAUAUUUAGCUGGAUCCUUUUAUUGCAUUUUCCAUAAAGGAGAACUGGGUGCCUUCAAUGUUGCUAGUCAGAAAUGGACAAUACUCGCAAAAUCCUGGCCACAGAUCAAUUCUGAUUUAGAUUUCAUGCUUCGGAUAGAAUUAAUUGCUCUUCCUGAUUUUCCAUGUCGGAUGCCUACGCGUGAAAAACUGUUAAAGUUCGAUUUCUCGGAAAAGCAAUGGGUUGAGCAACCGAGUACGCAGAUUGUAGAUCCUAAUCUUAGAUGCUUAUUAAGCACAGCUCCAGCAAUGGGGGAAACGAGUGAGAAACUUGAUCUUUACGCAUAUUUUUCUACUUCUCCUCUCAAACUCCAGCAAAUUUACAAGAUCCAGCGAAUUUACAAGUUGCAAUUUAUAUGGAUUGAGACUCCUACAAGGGUUGUUUGGAGAAAAGCUGACUUAAUUCAGCAUAGCUAGUUAAAUGUAACAUGUCUAUUUACAUGUAUAGGAUAUACAUAUUUACAUAUGUCUACAAGAAUCAAAUUCAAAAAUUAAAAUUAGUCAUGGUUGGA